AGUUGUUGAAUUUGCUUGUUGAUCUGAAUGCAGAUGGAUAAAAUGACAUACAGAAAGCCUCUGAACAUAUUUUCAUUCAUUUAUUGGUUGAUUAUUGAUCAUAGUCUUUAUCGGUCACAUGCUGUAUACAGAUUAUAUUAAUCUAUAUUAAUCUGUAUACAGAUUAUUGAGUUACAGUAAAAUCACUUCUAGUUGUACAAUAAAGUUGGGUAAAAACUAAUCAGAUGUGCAUAUUACCAACAAAAAUGUUUCCAGCAUUGUAUUUCAUGAAACAAUGCAAAACACUAAUGAUUGAAUGCUGAGAUUUGUUUGUUUGUUUGUGUGAUUCAUGUUAGCGUGGCUGAAUAAAAGGAAUAAAAGUUUAUGUUUUCCUCCACACCCAUGUACAGGGCUUGUCUAAGGUGAUGUAUUUAUAGCUGUUCUGACUGGGACUUAAGUGGAUGACAAAUACACACAUGCACGCACACACAUUUAAACUAUAGAUGCACUCCAGAUUGAUGAAUGCAUCAUGUUUUACUGUUAAGACUAAAUUAAAAUAUAUCAAAUGACUGAGUAUUUUUUUUAACCAUACAAUAACAGACCAACAGAAAGAUCAUUGAAUGUGUUGAUGUUUUUAUUUUGUGUGGUGAUGUAAUGUGUUUUGCACUUAAUCAUUGCAGAGACAACCAGAGUUGGUUGUAUUAUUGAAUCAGGCUACCAUUUCAAUAGAUAUUUGCUACCCUGGACCACAAAACCAUAAUUAACCGUUUUUUGACAUUUAUACAUUAUCUAAAAGCUGAAAUAAAAAAAUAAAAAAAUAAGAUUUCCAUUAAUGUAUGGUUUGUUUUGAUAAGACGAUAUUUGGCCGAGAUACAACUAUUUGAAAAUCUGGAAUUUGAGUGUGCAAAAAAAUAAAAUAUUGAGAAAAUCACCUAUAAAGUUGUCCAAAUGAAGACCUUAGCAACACAUAGUAAUGAUGAAUAUGAGACAUGACUUUAACUUAAUAUCCUUUAGCAUUUUUAGCAUAAAAAACUGUAUAAUUUUGACCAAAACAAUGUAAUAUUGACUAUUGCUACAAAUAUUAAUGCUGUAAAUAUAAUAAUAAAUGCAGCAAUGUUUAAACAACUUAUUUAUGCCAAUUCAACCUACUUUGUAAAGUUUUGACUUAUGUGCAAGUUGACAUAACUUAGAAAAACAAGUUGAAAUUGUUUAGCUUAAUUUUUAAGUUAAAGUAACAAAAUAUAUGUUGAUUUGAUAUCAUUGUGUACCUGGUUUUGUGGUCCUGGUUUUGUGGUCACAUUUAUCUACAAAACUCAUUAUAAAUAUUAUUUGAGAACAUUGUACUGUAUACCCUAAAUGUACAGUGUUCAAAAUGUGUUAUCCAGUUUGUUUUUUCAUAGUUUGCAUAUCAAAUAUAACCACAUUUUACCUUGCACUUCUUUAUUUUGAUGUAGUUUUAAAAAAAGGAAACAGUAGCCUAAAAGUUGCUCUUGUCUGUGUUUUAUGACAUCAUCACCAGCAUCAAACCGAUUGUUUCAAACAAUAUGAAACUAAAUAUAUGACCUAAAAGGUCAAAGACAGAAUCUUAUAUAAAAAUGAAGGAUGCUUUUAAAUAACUUAAAGCUGAAAAGUAAAAUUCAGAUACAUGUAUGUUGUUUUUCCUACUUGCUGCCACCUGCUUCUUUACUGGUGAGUUAUUUCCCUUUGGUUCAGCUCUUUUCCAUCAAGCUUUUCAUUUCUUUCAUCUAAAUCUCAUUCAGGUUCCGAAUAAUAAAAUAAUUUCAUUUAAUGACUGUGCCAUCAGAACAUUGCAGAAGCCCAAGAAGAAGAAGCCCGAAUCUUCUCCUGCAGAGUCCAAUGGAACCGAAACCAAACCCAAAAAAACCAAGACCAAAAAGAACGGAGAUCUUUCAUCCGAGAGCAGCCCGGUCACUCGAAAUGGAGAAAAAGUGACAAAGAAGAAACUACAGAAAGAAAAAGAAACCCCAGAGAAAGAGAAAGAGUCCAACAAGAAACCUAAAAGUGCCACGAAGAAGAAGAAGAGUUCUACAGAUGACGAUGAUGAUGAUGAAGAGGAUGAUGGUGUGACCACUCAGAAGAAGACCAAGAAAAAGUCUUCAAAGGAGACUACGACUGACCUAAAGGAAAAAGCCAAUGAAAAGGAUAAAGACAAGAAGACUAAAUCUAAAGAUGUUAAAGAGGACACGGACGCCAAGACAAAAUCUAAAGCAAAGAAGAAGGAGCCAGCAUCCCUGUUUCAGAUUAACGGAGACAAGACAGAAACCAAGAGUAAAAAGAAAGCGGCCAAAUCCGAGAGUGAAAAUGAAAGCGAGCAUGAAACGAAACCUAGCAAGACGAAGAAAAAGCCGAGCAGCUCAAACGCUGCAUCGAUGUUCCAGGCCACAGGAGAUAAAGACAAAGAGAAAAAGACAAAGAAGUCUAAAGCUCCUGCUAAAGAGGAAAGUGAAGAAUCUGAUUCAGAGGUAACACAAAAAAAGAAAAAGGGAAAGGGGAAGAAAGGGAAAAAGGAGGAGCGAGCCCCAUCUCCUGUCAUCGAGUUUGACAAUCUGGAAGAAUUUGUACUUCAACCAGCACCUCAGGGUGUCACAGUAAAAUGUAAAAUGACCCGUGACAAGAGAGGGAUGGACAAAGGCCUUUACCCAACAUACUACCUACACCUGGACAAUGAGAAGAAAGUGUUUUUAUUAGCGGGAAGGAAGAGGAAAAAAAGCGCAACCUCCAACUAUUUGAUCUCCAUCGACCCCACUGAUCUCUCCAGAGGAGGGGAAAACUUUAUAGGGAAGCUCAGGUCAAAUCUUAUGGGAACUAAAUUCACCGUGUUUGAUAACGCUCUGCAUCCGGACAAAGCGCUUCCGGACAUGUCCAACGCACGUCAGGAACUAGCAGCCAUUAUCUACGAAACAAAUGUUUUGGGUAUGAAAGGGCCGAGGCGAAUGAUUGUCAUUAUUCCAGGCAUGAACAAAGACGGUGAGCGAGUGCCGGUACGACCACGUAGUGACAACGAUGGCCUCCUCACAAAACACCAGAACAGAAACAUGGAGAACUUGAUCGAACUUCGCAAUAAGACGCCAGUGUGGAAUGAAGAGACAGCAUCCCAUGUGUUAAACUUCAAUGGCAGAGUCACGCAAGCUUCUAUCAAAAACUUCCAGAUUGUCCAUAAUAAAGACCUGGAUUAUAUUGUGAUGCAGUUUGGCCGAGUGGCAGAUGAUGCCUUCACUCUGGAUUACAGAUAUCCUCUGUGUGCGGUCCAGGCCUUUGCCAUCGCUCUCUCCAGCUUCGAUGGAAAAAUCGCCUGCGAGUAGCAGCGUCUGUAUGUUUUCCACAUCAUUUCAACACAUGUGACAAAUGGGAAUUGAAUGCAAAAGAAUGACACUUUGCACCAGCUCACAAGAUCAAAUGUUAAAGCUACGGUAAUGGCAUGGGGAUAAUGUGGGGUUUUACAUGACCUGUCAGAGUUUAAUGAAAGCUUGAAUGGUUGUAAACACUCCUUUAAAUGGACUGAAAUCAUGAAAUGGGUGUAGGAGACAGAAGUGUGACUGUUUGAUUUGUACGAUGACCCCUGGUGGUGAGGAGGUCACAUUACAGCAGUGGUUCUCAAACUGGGAUUUGAUCAUAAAUUAAAGUAAUGCUACUAAACCAAAGGCACUACAAUGUAUAAUUUAAUAGGUUUUGUUUAAUUUAAAAGUUUGAGGUUUUUGUAUGUCAUUUUCCAUGAACUACUGCAUUGGUUUGAGACAGAAAAUGUUAUUAUGUUUAGAUUGAAUAGUAUGCGGAGUAAUAAAGAGUAAAAAAGUUUGGUUCCAAAAACCUCAUUUUUUGAUUACAAUUGAUAUCAAUCAAACAGCAGUUGGCUUGUUUUGAUUAAAGGCUUCACAACUAAAAAAGUAGCACAAUAAAACAAUAAAAACAUGAUAACAUAAUAAUAAACAUGUUUUGACAAAAAUUUUAAAAACAUAGUUAUCUAAUUUUGGAACUAAAUUCUCCAUAUUUUGUCUCACUACAAGGUAAGAAAGUAGCAUUACUGUAUGUCACCACAGCACAUGAUACACUUAAAUACUUUGUUAAAAUAUUGAAAAAUAUCUGUAUGUGCGUGUGCGCGUGUUUAUGACAGAGAGCAAGCAAUAAAAGUGGGUGUCUGUGCUGAAAGAGAUUAAAGCAAGGUCUAGAUUUAUCAAAGCAUAAUGCUGUGCAAUAUCAGUGAGAUGACAGAUGCGUAGCAUGUUAAACAUUCACAGCGUAUCCAGCAUAUUCAAGCUAAAAAAGAUUUGAAAAUCUCGACAAAUACAGUCAGAAAUAAUGACUUGACCGUCAUCAAUGCAUCGGUUAACACUGAUGUUUGGUUUGUUUUGCCUUUUUCAUGUCAUUGUAGUUUUAUGUCUUUUAAUGAAAGCCUGUAAUUCUUGUCUUGUCUUAUUUUGUGUUCUCUUUAAUUGUCAAUGUAAAUGUAGAAAAUGCUUUAAUUUUUUUCUUUUAAGUAAAAUUGAAGACU